CCGCAGGUGGCUAUCCUGGCCAAGGGCGUGAUACAGUGCUACGGGUCGCCGGCCUUCCUGAAGAGAGCGUACGGCACCGUGUAUCGGUGCCGCCUUAUCCGGGAGUCGCCCGAGUGCAAGGCAUCCGAAGUGGAAGCUCUGCUGCAGAGGUGCAUGCCCACGGCGAAGCUGCUCUCCAAGGUGGCCAACGAAAUGGUCUUCUCGCUGGGCAGCAAGAAGCUCGCCCACUUCGGCCACACCUUCCGCAUGCUCAGGGAACAGGCCAUUAAGCUGGGCAUCGGCGACGUCGGCUUCCCUUGUCGGACCAUUGAGGAUGUCUUGCUCCGGGUCAGCUUCAUGUCCGGGGAGACCAUGGUGCCGCCCUCGGGGGUCGUCUACGACCCAAAGCUCAGCAUCAAGGUACAUUUGAUGCGGAGCGACGGCGGGUGUGGAGCCCGCUGCCGAGGCUUCCUGUCCAUUCUGCGCUACCGGAUGAGGCACUUCCUCAGCUACAGCUGGUUCUACACGCUGCUGCUGGCCAGCGGCGCAUUCCUCUUCCUCGUAUUCUCCGAUCGAGUGGCCAGCGUACGCCUGCCCCUUCCCAGGUCCAUUGCUCCGAUCCGCAUGGACCAGCAGAACGACUUCAAGCACGGUUUUUACCGGGCUGUGGACUCCUCUGCGGCGCUCGAGGAAGCGUUGAAAGUCAGGGCAGAACAGCAAGGCACUCAGCUGGUCAAAGUUCCGAGCGCCACGGACCAUUCUUUGCAACGCGACGUCUCAUCGGACUUCGGUAUCGAACUAGGCACGCAGUCUCUCGUAGCUUGGUACAACGUGCGGGUCCGUCAGUCCGAGGUCCUGUCGCUUCUGCUGCUUCAGAAUGCGGCGCUGCAACAGCUCACGGCCAGCGAGCACUACCAGAUUCAAGCGUGGAGAGAAUUCACGUCCAGUGGAGCCACCAUCGGUCCCGCAAACGUCUUCAGCUGGCUCACUGAUGUCGAGCUGAAGAUCGUCGGGGCCACCUUCGUGCCGCUGUCCUUGGGUCUGUUCACGGCGGCCGCGGCCAUCUUCCCAGCCCAGGACGCGGCCGACGGGGGCCGCCUGCUGCAGCAGCUGUCCGGCCUUCCCGGCCCGCUCUACUGGCUUGCCAACAUGUUCUGGGACUACGGCCUGGUGUACCACCUGUACCUCGUCCUGUUGUCGCCCAUGGUGGCCAUCUGGGGCUACGGGGACAGCGACGUCCAGUUCUGGCUCACGGUGGUGCUGCUCUUCCUCGCCUACGGCUGGGCUUCCAUCCCGUUCGCUUACCUUGUCUCCAAGCUCUUCACGAGGCCCUCGCGCGCCUUCGCGGCAGCGGCCACUCUUAAGGGGCCUCUCGGUGGGUGUGCGAGCAACACGGUUUCGUGUACUGCGUGACCACGGGACUUUCUUGUACUCUGUCGGACCGUGUAUUAACAGCCGAGUCUGUCUUGGGGUUCGAAGGCGCUUUCUCUGCUUACGGCUGUAAGCUUGCAUUCGCAACAAUAUCGCCAUUUUCAAUAUUCGGGGCUUUGACGUCAAAUGUGGUAUAGGCGGUAGUACAGAUUUGGCGCGCCGGCGCCUUGGUGUGCUAUGGUAGUAUUCCCGCUUCUAGUUUAGCGGUACAUUCCAGAGACAGGUGGUGAUCAAG